AGGUGGAAGGCGGCGGCCGGGGCGGUUCUGGAGGUUCCGGGCUGGCGUCUGGGCUCCCCGGGGCCAUGGGUCGGGCCGCGGCGCGCUGAGAGGGACGCGGGCCCGCCGGGGGGGACGCGGGGCCGGGCCAUGGCCGGCGCUCGGGCGGACGCGGCGGCGGCGGCGGGCUCCUCGGCGGCGGCGGGCGGCGCGCCGCCGCGGGAGCCCGGGCUCGGGGAGCUGCUGCAGGAGUUCUCCCGGACCCAGUACCGGGCCAAGGACUGCGGCGGGACGGGCGGCUCCAAGGUGGAGCGCAUUCAGAAGCGGUGCCUGGAGCUGUUCGGCCGAGACUACUGCUACAGCGUGAUCCAGAACGUGAACGGCGACAUUUGCGGCCACUACCCGCAGCACAUCGUCAUCCUGGAGUAUGAGAGUUCCGAGAAGGAGAAAGAUACGUUCCAGAGCACCAUGCAGGUGAACAAGCUGCAAGACCUCAUCUACCGCAGCAAGAUGGCCCGGUGCAGGGGCCGGUUCGUCUGCCCGGUGAUCCUGUUCAGGGGCAAGCACAUCUGCAGGUCCGCCACGCUGGCCGGCUGGGGGGAGCUGUACGGACGCACGGGCUACAACUACAUCUUCUCCGGGGGUGUAGAGGACGCCUGGGCAGAUGCGGAGGACAUCACGGAGGACGACUGUGCUCUCCGGAGCUCAGAAACGCAUCUGUUCGACAAGGUCCGGGGCUACGACAUCAAGCUGCUGCGGUAUCUGUCGGUCAAAUACAUCUGUGACCUGAUGGUGGAGAACAAGAAGGUGAAGUUUGGCAUGAAUGUGACCUCCUCUGAGAAGGUGGACAAAGCCCAGCGCUACGCCGACUUCACCCUCCUGUCCAUCCCGUACCCAGGCUGUGAAUUUUUCAAGGAGUACAAGGACCGGGAUUACCAGGCGGAAGGACUCAUCUUCAACUGGAAGCAGGACUACGUUGACGCCCCCCUCAGCAUCCCCGACUUCCUGACGUGCUCCCUGAGCAUUGACUGGAGCCAGUAUCAGAGUUGGGACCUGGUGCAACAAACACAAAACUACCUGAAACUGCUGCUCUCCAUCGUCACCCGCGACGAUGACAGCGGGCUGCUGGUCCACUGUAUCUCCGGCUGGGAUCGGACCCCCCUCUUCAUCUCUCUGCUGCGUCUCUCCCUGUGGGCGGACGGGCUCAUCCACACGUCCCUGAAGCCCGCCGAGAUCCUCUACCUGACGGUCGCCUACGACUGGUUCCUCUUCGGGCACAUGCUGGUGGACCGGCUCAGCAAGGGAGAGGAGAUUUUCUUCUUCUGCUUCAAUUUUUUGAAGCACAUCAUCUCUGAGGAGUUCUCUGCUCUGAAGACACACAGGAGGAAGAGUUUGCCCGCGCGGGACGGCUUCACCCUGGAGGACAUCUGCUUGAUGAGACGGAAGGACCGUGGCAGCACCACCAGCCUGGGCAGCGACUUCUCCCUGGUCCUGGAGAGCUCGCCCGGCGCCGGCCCCGGCAGCUUCACCUACGAGUCCGUGGAGCUCGUCCCCGCCGGGCCGCAGACCCAGGCCGCUUGGAGGAAGGCCCACUCGUCCUCCCCGCAGAGCGUGCUCUGGGGCCGGCCGCAGCCCACCGAGGACCGUACUCCCGGCCAGCCGGGCCUGCUGGAAGCCAGGUCCUCCAGCUCCUCAUCCUCGAACCACUCGGACAGCUUCUUCAGGAUCGGCAGCAGCCCCCUGGAGGUGCCCAGACCCAGAUCAGUGGACCGUCCCCUUCCCGGAUCCUCCCUCUCCACAGACUGUGGCAGCUGGCAGAUGGUCACGGGCUGUGGCAGUAUUCAGGAGCGGGCUGGCCUGCACCCCGACUCUUCUCUCCCUUUCAGCUUCCCGGAUGAGCUCCCUAACAGUUGUCUGCUGGCGGCGCUGAGCGAGCGGGAGAGCCGGCUGCAGGAGGUGCGCUCGGCCUUCCUGGCGGCCUACAGCAGCACCGUGGGGCUUCGCACCGCUGCCCCCAGCCCCUCAGCCGCAAUCGGGGGUCUGCUGGAGCAGUUCGUCCGCGGCGUGGGGCUCCGUGGCACCGGCAGCAGCGCCUUCUGAACCACCUCCCGCGGCAGUUCCUGUUCCUCUCUCACCUGAGCCCUGAGCGGAACCAAAGCCAUGCCUGGCCCAGGGGUCCCUCGAAGCCAGGGUGGGGGGAGAAACCUCCCCCCUGCCCGCGAUGUACAGGGCAGCCCCAAAGCCUAGCAGGAACCAGGACAAGGUUCUGCGACCUCCGCUUCCUGACUGCCCACCACCCCCACCUCACUGCCUCUCACCCACAUUGCUGGGCCCCGUUGGUUCUGGGGGGUGUGGGGUUUCCUGGGACCUCGUGGAGGCCGUGAGUUCAUGGAAGACCCCCGGCCCCGGCCCUUAUUUCCCGGGGAGGAUGGGGCACCUGCACUGAGAAUGAGGCAGUUGGAC